AUGGCUGGCCGUUUUCUGCCCCUGAACCUAGUCCUAGGCCUCUUGCUCGCCAGCCUGACCGCGUCGGCUCCUCUCGUGCUCGGCGAGAGCCGUUUGCGACGCCGAGAUGCCGGGCAGUCGUGCUCGGACGCGUCGAUGAACGCUCUCCCGUGGACGGCCCAGGACUUCGACUUCCACUCGUCUGUCACCUUCAGCACGCCGGCCCACCAGAUCGUCGGCGGCUGGGUGUCGUUCAGCCUGAGGAACCCGGCCCUGCCAUUCGCCAUGUCAUGCUUCGCCAGCAGCUCCCAGCUACAGGAGUUCUUCUACGGCGACCAGUGGUUCUCGUGCUCGGCACCACCAGACGCCGCCACGGUGAGCGAGGCCGAGUUCCGCUUCGACCGGGCGACGGGCCGUUUCGACAUUUCGCAGAAUUGGGUCUGUCCAGACGCUGACCCCCAGUCACGAAUAACCUUCAAUGCGUCUGGAACCACGACAGUGCCCCUCGACUGCGCUACAAGCCGCUGGCAGAAUGGGAACUGGUCCACGGGCCAUGUCUACUCGACCGAAUCGGUCGAGUGUGGGCUGCUGAACGUCACCAUUGUGCCUAACGACUUGGAGGCUUGGUCUUGA